AUGUCGCAGCAAUCUGAUAUAACGCUUUAUACGACGCAGACGCCGAAUGGCAUCAAGAUCUCCAUUACUUUGGAGGAGCUGGGCCUCCCCUACAAAGUCCACAAGAUCGAAAUAUCCAAGAACACUCAAAAGGAAGACUGGUUCCUCGCCAUCAACCCCAAUGGCCGCAUCCCCGCACUAACCGACACCUUCACCGACGGCAAACCCAUCAACCUCUUCGAAUCCGGCAGCAUCAUGCAAUACCUCGUCGAGCGCUACGACACAGAGUACAAGAUUAGUUUCCCCAAGGGAACGCGCGAGUGGUACGAAAUGAACAAUUGGUUGUUUUUCCAAAAUGCUGGUGUAGGACCUAUGCAGGGUCAGGCUAAUCAUUUCACGCGCUAUGCUCCCGAGCAUAUCGAGUAUGGUGUGAGCAGGUACCAAACCGAGACACGCCGUCUCUACUCUGUCCUUGACAAGCAUCUCGCUUCUGACAACAGGCCAUACCUGUGCGGCACAAAGUGCACCAUUGCCGACAUUGCUCACUAUGGAUGGGGAGCGGCUGCCGGCUGGGCAGGCGUCGACCUGGACAGGUUCCCUGCGGUUCAGGCCUGGCUGGACCGAAUGGAAGCACGUGAGGGGGUGGAGAAAGGCCGCCACGUCCCCGAUCCUCACACCAUGAGGGAGUUGCUCAAGGACAAGGCCAAGAUAGCGGAGCAGGCUGCUAAGAGUCGAGCGUGGGUCCAGGCCGGCAUGAAGGAAGACGCCGAGCAGCAAAAGUAG